CCUACUUUCUUUUAAUCAGUGACUUGUAAGCUGUAUAUGGAUCUUGAUGGAAAUUUUGAUUGUUUUGUUAACUUUAGAAAUCUGUAUUAUAUGCGUAUUAGUCGCAGUGUGUCUAUGCUGUAAGAUGGGAAGAAGAAAAAGAAAGAUACAAGACGUGGAGACAGGUUCAAGUGAAAAUGAACCAUUGGCCAAGAAACGAAAAACGUCACAGUCGGAGGUCAUAAAAUGGGACGCGGUAACUUAUUCGCUCGAGCCAAAGGGAAUCCCAAACGUUGGUGCAUCAUGUUUCAUGAAUUCAAUGCUACAGUGCCUGUCAUGGAGUCCGUGCUUUAUCAACCAACUGCGACAUCAGAUAGCGAAUGUGAAAUCUGGAAAAUACCAGGGCAAACUGGCCACGACAUUUCUGAAAUUAUUACAACUGAAUCGCACAAAAUAUGAUGUUAGGGUUGGACCAAAGAAGAAAAAGGACGCUGAGUAUAGGGCACAGAAGAAACAGAAAGAUAUCGUGAAGAAGUUUUGCAAGGAAAUGGCAAAAAAAAAAGACAAUUUUGAUGGUCGCACACAGCAAGACAGCUUUGAAUGUUUCAACACCAUAAUAAGCGGUUUGGAAGAGGAAGCUCUUGAAAACUACCCGUUCCGACCUAACAACGAAUCCCCUACCUUUAAUGAACACAUCAUGCGUACCUGUGACGUCACAAGAUUGUUUGGUGGCAUGUUCAUUACAUCCUAUUGCUACAAGGAAUGUGGACAUGUUGAGUCUGUAAUUCAGCGAUUCACAAGUCUCAGUCUACCACCUGUCGCGAAGAAAAAGGUUACGAUAGAGAAAACAGACCCAACACUGACUACAAAGCAAAGAAGUCCUCACAAAACGUCUCCGUUAUCUGUCAAACCUAAGAAAGAACAACCUUCAAAAAGAAAUUUGGAGAUGAAGAAUUUUUCCGAGUCUGAAGAUGACACAACCACUCCAGGGGUUUCCUUACGGCGAUCAACCCGUUCUGACAAUGAAAAAACUCCUCUUAUAAAAACUAAUAAUGCGUACGGUUCAAUACCAACCCCGCCGAAAAACCAAACAGAAAAUGAGGCAAACCGGGAUCUGACGCCAAUUUCUUCAAAGACCGACUCUGCGUCAACCUCCAAAUCGGAAAAGAAUACCGCUGUGUAUUCCUGUCACGAAUCAGUACCACAGCUCCAUCUCACACGGGCAUGUUUGAGAAGUUCAAACGGAAAUACGAAGGAUGUCCCCAAGGAUGACGUCACAGAAUCGUACCAAUCAGCAAAAGACAAGGACGACCAGAAAUCUCUUUCUGAACAGUUCCCAGAUGACGCUAGAAGACUUUUUAGCAUGCGUCUUGGAAGGAAUAAGAGAAAACCAAAGAAAAGAUCUGGCCUAGAGCUCGGUCUUGACAAAUGGUCAGAAUUUGAAAAGAUGAUGGCUGUUGAUCUCCCUUGUCGAACAUGUGGUAAUGAAAAAUAUAGUCCUCCUGGCGGUGUGCUAUACAGACACACAAAACUCAUGUCUCUACCUAAUGUCCUAGUUCUUCAUAUCAACCGAUUUGAACAGAAAGGAAGGAGUUUAUUCAAGGUUGAAGACUUCAUAUCCUACCCAAAGGCGUUGGAUAUGACAAGCUACUGCUCCAAAACGUUGGAGAACCUUGAAUCGGACCAAGAUAACGUGACGCAAGGGCAGAAGAAAUAUUCCUUAUUUAGCGUGGUGAACCAUAACGGGACGAUGAAGGGCGGACAUUACUAUGCCUAUAUAAAAACAAACCGGCGGGAUGUAACUGUCAUACAGAAUCUACUACGGAACUCAUGGAAGGACCCCGAAGACGUAGCGUCUUGUAUACGAUCAAAGUUAGAAGAAAUAUGGCAGGAGGGAAGGGUAAACGGUACUCCAACGAAGCGGAGGAUACAUGAAGAUCUUGUCAAUGAAACGAAAACAGGUCUUAGCGAAGAAGAUCCCCAAGGAAUUCAGGAUGUUUCGAAAGAACAAGGACGUGGCGUACAAGGUUAUGGUGUCUCGAAAGGAUCAUUUGACCAACAAGCUCCCGGUCGCCCGAAAGGACAUGAUCCACAGAGUAAUUGUGGUCGGAACGAAUCAUUUGACCAACAGACUUCUGAUGUCAUGAAAGGACCAAUUGACCAACGGGAUUCUCAUGAUCUGAAAAGACCAGAAAAUAAGAAGACAGAUAUUGCUUAUAAAGGCAACAAACAAGACAAAUAUCCCGAAGUUCCGCCAACUGGUAGUAUCCAUCAUAAAGAUAAAACGUUUCUUCAAGGAAAUCAGGAGGGCUGUUUUAUCGAACCACAAGAAAACAAGGUGCCGUGCCGCAAGAAACGAAAGAAGGAUGUCCAAGAGAACACUGACACUAGACAAGACGAAGAGCAGCUAGAUAAUGCUGAUGAAGAAGGAGGCAAAGGUAUAUACCGCAAAGACAACAUGCAGGAUACUGGUGGAAACAAAGGUCACCAGGAUACAGUUUCAGAAGAAAGCAAAACUGGUACUGGCCGCAAGAAAGGAUACAAGGGUACCGUUUCUGAUGAAGAUAAGAUUACUCCAGAUGAGAAAGACACUGACAUUGCAACUGACGGUGAUGGGGACGAUCCCGAUCGACUUGAAUGUAGUAAGGAAAGUGUAAGUUUCCUACACAUGGAUGAAUCUGAUAGAACAAAAGGACAUGGGACAAAGUGGGAUCAGAAAGGUAGUGAAGUGCAGAAAGAUGAAGUAGAAUCUGAUAAGAAGAUCAGAGAGGAGGACACUUCUGACGAAGGAAAGAAAAAAGGUGAUAUCCGGAAAAAAGACGAUCUGGAGGAUAUUGAAUUAAAAGGAGAGGCUGGCAAUUUAGUCGAGAGUGGAGAGGAGAAUAAUGUUCAGAAAAGAAGAAAGAACAGAUCUGGCGAGAAAAGCAAGGAUAUGAAUUCCCAUCAAGACGUCAUAAUGGAUGAAAAACGAGAUGAUGACUUCUCGCAUAAAGAUAUGGUCCUUGGAGAUGAAGAAAAUACAUCCUCAGAUGAUUCUGAAAGACGUAAAAAAGAAACUCAGGAUUUGUGGUAUUACGUCAGUGAUUCACUUGUACACAUAGAGAAGGAAGAUAAGGUGUUGUCGAGCGAGGCAGCUUAUAUACUUAUGUACGAGAGAAUCUGAUCAGCAUCAUGUCAUACAAUCCAAAUAUACAAUGAUUUGUUCAUGUAAGAAAUCCAAGACGACUUUUAAAAUCAUAACUUGAAAUGUUGUAGAUAUUUCGUUUUCAGUCGCACUCAUAUGGAACAUUUGUGACUAGAAUUUCUUAACAUUUUUCUUGAGAUUAAUAUUAAAUUGAAUCAGAUAUCAAUACUUCAGUGCUAUUCAAACGAUAGAGAUUACCGACAUAUCAAUAAAAUGGUAAUUUUAAUUCAAUAUCAAUAAUCGAAGGACGAUAUAGGAACAAAAAAUAACAAUUAGUAUUGAGACUAUUGGGAAAAGUACAAAGAGAACACGACAAUGUGUUCCUGGGCGGUAAACGUCUUCCACUUCAUCAACGACAACCGCCAUUAAAACUUAAUCUUGAUAAAAUCUCGGUGAAAUCACAUCCUAAGCGAGACUUAGGGCGGUGACAACGAAACCACCGGGCAUAUCCAUCAGACAUGUCUGACGUCAUAUCGUAUAAGGAUAUAGAAUAUAUUUCCAAAUCUUUCUAAUGUCCAUCAUCAUCCUGCGUCUCUCGGAACCAUGUGUUGUUAACUUCUCAAUCAGUAGUUAAUAUAUGUCCUGGAAAUCUUGAAAAUGGUAACAUGAAAACCAAAUCAACUGGCACAUGUGAGCACUGUAGGAAGCAGGAUAGUGAUGUUAAUAAAUUAAAUUCGUGCAGCAUAACUGUAAAUAUUGUGCUCAUAUUAUCGAAUACGAUUCACUUUCUAGUUGAUAGGCGUUGUGCAUUUAUCAUAUUUUGUUGUGAUAAAACAAAUGGUAAAAGUAAAAUGGAGAUGGGAAAUAAUACUUUAUUGAUAGGCAUUUGACGGAUAUGAAAGUUUAUCAGCUGAUUCACAGGUAAAUCACGUCCUUCAACAGUCAGGCAUAAUCCUGGUACAUGUGUGAUGAUAGAAAGGAGGUCGAUUCCCGGCAUCAGGGAUACAGCGUAACUUGUAACGGAUCCUUAUAAAGAGUAGAAAAAAUGUGUACAUGUAAUUUUUUCUUUUUAAAUUGUGAUAACCUUUGGUAAAUAGCAGUCGGUAAAUAAUUGUACUCGAAAUGCAAGUCAAUGAAAACCGAAUUAUCAAUAAUAUAAACAUAUUUUAGUUCAGUUACUGCUACUUGAACAAAACGUGCCGACCAUUCAAUGGGAGAUAACUCGGAUCGGAUUACUCUAGAAUACGUUGAUAUAACUCAUUUCGGAAUUGCUGUAAAAUAAAUAAGUUUACAUUUUUAAUA